CCAGUUGGUACGGUUCCUACCCUGCUCUCCCCCGCCGCCGGCGGGCGGGUGGUAGGCGCCGCGCUCGCGGAUUGGCUGCCCGGCCCCGCAGUCCGCGCGAGCUGCGGGUGCCUCAGUGUGCGCGCGGCCGGCGCGGCGCUCGGUCCUGCCCCUUCAGCCCGGUGCCCGGCAGCGGAGGCCGCCGCCAUGGCUUCGGAUUCUGGAAGUUACAGUCAGUCUGGAGGCCAGCAGAGCUAUUCCUCAUAUGGCAGUCAGGGCAGUCAAAGUUAUGGACAAACACAGGGAUAUUCUGGUUAUGGGCAAAGUGGAGACAAUUCUUCUUAUGGACAGAAUUAUGGAAGCUAUCAUGGGAACUAUGGACAAAAUCAAACAGGUUAUGGACAAGAUUCUGAGGGAUAUGAUGAUGACUCCAGUUACGAAAAUCAAAAUCAGAGUUCAUACAACCAGCAGUCUUAUGGCAGUCAGGGGCAGCAGAAAGGAUCAUCUAGAGGUGGAAGAGGCUCUUCUUAUGAACAAAAGUCAAACUAUGGUCAGCACCAAAGCUCUUAUGACCAGCAGUCAAGCUAUGGACAAAACCAAGACUCUUAUGACCAGCAGUCAAGCUCAUAUGACCAGCAGUCAGGCUAUGGCCACCAGGGCUCGUAUGACCAGCAGUCGGGCUAUGGCCACCAGAGCUCAUAUGACCAAAAGUCAGGCUAUAACCAGCACCAAAGCUCGUACGGCCAUUCUCAGCAAUCCUACCAGUCUCAGAAGGGAGGCUAUAGCCACAACAGCCAAGAUGAUCGUCGUGAAAAGAGUAGGUAUGGAGAAGAUAAUAGAGGAUAUGGCGGGUCACAGGGAGGAGGUAGAGGGGGAUAUGACAUGGAUGGAAGAGGUCAUAUGUCUGGAUAUAGUGGUGGUGACCGUGGUGGCUUCAAAAAUUAUGGUGGUCAAAGGGAUUAUGGACAGAAAUCAGAUGCUGAUACAGAGUCUGACAACUCUGAUAACAACACCAUCUUUGUGCAAGGACUUGGAGAGGAUGUUUCAACAGAUCAAGUGGCAGACUACUUCAAACAAAUAGGUAUUAUAAAGACCAACAAAAAGACUGGCAAACCUAUGAUAAAUCUUUAUACUGAUAAGGAUACUGGCAAACCAAAGGGAGAAGCAACAGUAUCUUUCGAUGAUCCUCCUUCUGCUAAAGCAGCCAUUGACUGGUUUGACGGAAAGGAAUUCAAUGGCAAUGUUAUCAAAGUUUCUUUUGCAACUAGAAGGCCUGAAUUCAUGAGAGGAGGUGGAGGUGGUGGACGUCGAGGUUCACGAGGUGGAUAUGGAAGAGGUGGGGGCUUCCAGGGUAGAAGUGGGGAACCCAAAAAUGGUGAUUGGGUUUGUCCUAACCCGGCCUGCGGUAAUAUGAACUUUGCCCGCAGGAAUUCCUGCAACCAGUGUGGUGAGCCCAGACCAGAAGAUUCACGUCCGUCAGGAGAUUUUCGUGGGAGAGGUGGCUAUGGAGGAGAAAGAGGCUAUCGAGGGCGUGGUGGCAGAGGCGGAGAUCGGGGAGGUGGCUAUGGUGGUAAAAUGGGAGGAAGAAAUGAUUUCAGAAAUGAUCAACGCAACAGACCAUACUGAAGACCACUGUGAAUGUUCUGUUUGUCUUCUUGAUGCGUUCGAUAGUGAAAUUGCCAGAGUUUUGCCUGCCGCUUCACCCAUGGCCUCUUUGGAUAGUGGAAUUGAGUGAAAUUAGGUUUUUAUUUCGGUGGGAGGGACUGGGGCAGUUUGGGAGGAUUUUUUUUUUAAGAAAGACAUUGAAAAUUAAUCUUUGAUUUCAACAUUAUCUUCUCCUCUUUUUUUCCCACGUACCUCUUCAACAGGCCCCAAGAAGGAAAAGGAUAAACUGUAAAAUAUUGCCAAAAUAUGAAGUGUUUUGUAAUACAACAAUAAAUGCUGAUUGUUUUAUUUGUGAAA